ACAGAGUCAGACCGAUUUCCAUCUUAUCUGUCAUUAAAAAUUCCCCAUCUGUUCAGUCCGGAGUAAUACUCCUGCUCACAACAACGUGAUUCAAUUUCUCAUUUUUCUUCAAAUUUAUAGAAAGAAUGUCAUCAUCGUCUUCCCAUUAUCUCACCCCACAAGGACCUGUUCCAAGGGAGAGGAGACGGUCAACAUCAGCAAUUUUAAGUGGACUUGCCGAAGUAACGCAUGCAAGAGACAAGUUCAUGGUGGAGAUGAGUGUUGAGAAUUACACACCUGACGAACUUUCCAUUCGGAGUGAAGAUGGACAUGUAUUUGUGGUUGGAAAAAAUGACAAGAAAAAUCAUCCAAACGAAUCCACUCUUAAGUCAUUUAAUCGUAAAUUUAAAAUGCCGGAUGGGACUGGGUUGUCCUGGGAGAUAUGCAAGGACAAAGUUUUGACAAUCACGGUCCCGAGGAAACAAAUUGAAAAAACAUAGUGGUUUGUGAAAAUCUGGAAUUUGGGUGACACCUGUAAUUUUCAAAAUUGAAUAAGUAUUGAUAACGUUGGACGAUUUCAAAAUUUUGUAAUUUGAUCCCGUAAUAAAAGUCAAAAUGUCCGUUCAGCUCUAAAA